GACAAUGAUGUCACAGUUUGGAGCCCUCAGGCUGUAGGUUCCCGGAAAGCCAUUAGUACACCUCUAAGCUUCUGUGAGCCUGAAUGAUGCUUAGGUGGGCCCUGUCACCUCGAAGUACUUAAGGGCCGAAUUCAUCAAAUAGAAUAUGCCAUGGAAGCUGUGAAACAAGGCUCAGCUACUGUGGGGCUGAAAUCAAAAACGCACGCUGUUUUGGUUGCUUUAAAGAGAGCACAGUCUGAGCUGGCAGCUCAUCAGAAAAAAAUCCUGUACGUUGACAACCAUAUUGGUAUCUCAAUUGCUGGACUUACUGCUGAUGCAAGACUCUUGUGCAAUUUCAUGCGUCAGGAGUGUCUGGAUUCUAGAUUUGUGUUUGAUAGACCUCUUCCAGUUUCUCGCCUAGUGUCACUAAUUGGAAGCAAAACCCAGAUACCAACGCAGCGUUAUGGCAGAAGACCGUAUGGCGUAGGACUGCUCAUUGCGGGUUAUGAUGAUAUGGGUCCUCACAUCUUCCAGACUUGUCCCUCUGCAAACUAUUUUGACUGCAAAGCAAUGUCCAUUGGUGCUCGUUCACAGUCAGCACGAACUUACUUGGAGAGACACAUGACUGAAUUUACUGACUGUAAUCUAAACGAGCUAGUUAAACAUGGACUGCGUGCCCUGAGAGAGACUCUUCCUGCUGAACAGGAUCUGACCACCAAGAAUGUUUCCAUUGGAAUUGUUGGCAAAGACAUGGAGUUUACCAUCUAUGAUGAUGAUGACGUAGCACCAUUCCUAGAAGGUCUUGAGGAGAGGCCACAGAGAAAGCCUGCUCCACCUGCUGAUGAACCUGCAGAAAAGGCAGAGGAGCCGAUGGAGCACUAGUUGGUGGACGAGUUCCUCUGUGUCAACGUAUGUCUAAUUAUACAGGAACGUUUCUUCAUUUGCUGGUAACUUUAUCCUCACCUAUAUGCAUUUUUUGCCAAUACAUUCUGAGGAUUACUCUUAAAAAAGAAAGAAACCAACCCACCUACCCUUAAAAGGUAGACAGGAGGUCAUAAUUGGGUGUAUUUUCUUUGACAAGAAAGGUGUAAUCAUUUUCUAAAUAGUACAUGAUACUGUUUUUUAAUGAAAAGCGUACUGGCUUUAACUUGUAAGGACAAGUGAAAAUAAAUCACUUUCUUGGAA